UACUUCCGGUUCAUAAUUUUUUUUUCUCAGUAAAUCGCUUUAGCUGAAAUAUUUUUUGUAACUUUUGCCAAUAUUCUAUGAUAUAAUGAUAUAUGUGUGUUUGUAAAGGCUGUCGUAUACAUUUUUUCUAAAAUGUGGAAUUAUUUCGAGCGCCUAAAUAAGAAAGAAGACGAGCUUUGGACGUUGUUUUACCCUGACAACAGGAAGUUGUUGUUGGCUCACUGCUCGCACUAACGUGUGCCCUGACAACAACAGACAGGCUGACUGCUGAUCAGGCUUAUUUAAUUAAACAUGUAAGGACUACAUGUUAUUAAGACUGACAAAGUAACGGCAGCCGCUCAUGUUGUCUAGUCGUUAAGAGGUCACCCAUGUCUGCUGGAUUGUAACAGUCGUGUGUCCAGUAUGAGCGCAUCAGCUGCGGACAGAGAGCCUGGGAUCCCCUUGGAUAAUGCAAAGGAGGAAAUCAGUGAGCCCAUCUGCACAGGAGAGAGCAGCAAGCAUGACUCGGCCUUAUGUUCAGGCAACAGUGAAAUAAAGAGCCGUGCUGUGGUCAAAUACUCUGCCGCCCCACCUCCAACCAGCUAUGCUUUGCUGCAGGAGAAGACAGACCUGAAGCUGCCUCCUGCCAACUGGCUGAGAGAAAACCCCCAGCUGGGCAGUGCUGGCACCACAGUGUUAGGGUCCAGCAGCAAAAGCAAGCCUUUUUCCAGUUUUGGGAUGGCCUAUGACUUCAUUGAUUGCAUUGGGGAUGAUGUUGACGUGGUAUCAGACUCAGAGAACAUCAAGAAGCUUUUGAAAAUUCCUUACAGCAAGUCCCAUGUCAGUAUGGCCGUUCACCGCGUGGGUCGGACACUGCUUUUAGAUGAGCUGGACAUUCAGGAGCUCUUCAUGAGAUCCUCUCAGACGGGAGAUUGGACUUGGCUAAAAGAGUUUUACCAGCGGCUCAUAGAUCAGAAGUGGCAGAGGAAAAAGAAGAGUAAAGAGCACUGGUAUCAGAAAGCAAUUCUGUCAAAGUUCCUCUACUACAGUAUAAAUGGUGAUGGGGCUGCAGAGCCUGUACCAGACGACCUAAACGAAGGAGAGAAGGAGAAUGAGGCAGAGGAGUUCAGCUCUUCAUGGCCCACCGCCUUCACCAGCACACCCUCCGACACAGAAGAGUCAGCUGCUACUAAACAGGAUGUGCAGGAAAGUGUUUCUGUGGACAGUCAGUUUGCUUUGGGCCAGGUGACAUCUGUACCCAAAGAGCAAAACCUCCCAACACUCUUCAACGAAGGAGAGAACAGUCAGGGUUUAAGAAACGACUUUGUGCGAAACAUCAUGUGGACAUUUGAGGAUAUCCACAUGUUGGUUGGGUCCAACAUGCCUAUUUUCGGAGGUGGUCGCUAUCCUGCCGUCAGUCUUAGACUCAGGGACAACAAUAAACCAAUCAACAUCCUGACAGGUAUCGACUACUGGCUCGACAAUCUGAUGUGCAAUGUUCCAGAACUUGUCAUGUGCUUUCACGUCAAUGGCAUUGUUCAGAAAUACGAGAUGAUAAAAACAGAGGACAUUCCUCAUCUGGAGAACUCCACUUUCUCCACAAGGGUGGUGAAAGAUAUCGCACAAAACAUCCUUUCCUUCCUCAAGUCCAACUGCACCAAAGAGGGUCACACCUACUGGCUUUUUAAAGCUAGUGGAAGUGACUUUGUGAAGCUUUAUGAUCUCACCACUCUGUGUGAGGAGGCUGAAGAAGAGAAAUGUCAGAAUCCUUUCACACUUCCUGUGGCUGUGCUACUUUAUAAAGUGGCCAGCAACUUGAUGCUGAAGGCGAGGCAAAACAGAAAGCACUAUGGCACGAUCAGAACUCUGCUCUUAAACUGUGUCAAACUUCUGGAUCAGGAGAGGCAUCCUCAGAUCAUCGCCUCGGCCGCUUACAUGCUGUCAGAGCUGUUCCAGCUCGAUGAACCUCUGGAAGAAGAUGGAGGGGAGUCGCUCCGGGCCGGUGGCUCAGAGGACAGCUACAGCGACGAAGACAGGGAGGAAGAGGAGGAGGAGGAGGAGCUGACAGAGGACAGCGAUGAUAACGGUUCCUACAGUAACUGCUCUACCCCACAGGAUGACAGUAAAGCUGUGGCUGUGAUCCGCUCCGUAGGGGAGCUGUCUGUCCCUGAGAAGUACAAAUCCACUCACCUGAUCAGACCAAGUUGUGCUUUCCCCAUUUCUCAAGACAAGGAGGAAAGAUGCAGACACGUACUGAGCUACGUACUAAAGGGGCUGAAGGCGGUGGAUGGCAGCAUUAAGAAGGAGAGUGAUCUCCCAGCUGCAGAUCCUAACACACCCAUUCCUCUUAAAUAUGAGGACAGAAAUGAAGUCGGCGGCUGCGCCGCUGAGAAAGGCAUCUCUCUUCUCCUUGAACGAGUUGGGCCUUUGCAGGCAGAUCAGAAGCACCCGACACGCUCAGGGAUGAUACCCGGCUCGUGGCAGCACCGUAUGAAGCUGCAGCUCUUCCUCAAGGCCUCCAAGGCCUACUUCGUCCUGUCUGAUGCAGCCACGAACUUGCUGAAGUACGGCCGAGCCUUACGCUACAUCAAGUUAUCUCUGCAGUGCUACGAUGCCUAUUGUUCAGUCAGCGGCACACUGCACCCGCAGGUGUUGCUGUUUCAUAGCCAGUGCCUGUCUUUGUGUGGGGACAUCCAGCUGAUGUUGGCCCAGAAUGCCAACAACAGAGCAGCUUACCUAGAGGAAUACAGCUACCAAACCAAAGAGGACCAAGAGAUCCUGCAUAGCCUGCAUAGAGAGAGCAGCUGCCAGGCCUUCAACAUGGCAACAGACCUGGCUAUGGACCCGGAGUACCAGCUGUUUGUUAGCUGUAAGUGCUAUGAGGCGGUGUAUGAACUGCUAGUCUCUGAAGCUUUGAAAGAUGAUUCCUCAGAUCAGCUGGCUCAGGUGCUCAAAAGGCUGGGAAACAUCCGCAACGAGAUGGGAGUCUUUUAUAUGAACCAAGCUGCAGCCAUGCAGACUGAGAAAGAGGUGAAGAAAUCAGUGUCCAUAGCAGAGCAGGAGAUGUGGAAAAAGAGUUUUGCCUUCUUUGAGAAAGGCAUGAAGGACUUUGAAGCCAUCAGGGACAACACAAACACAGCGUUGCUGCUGUGUAACACUGGCAGGCUGAUGAGAAUCUGUGCUCAGGCUCACUGCGCCGUCUCUGCCGACCAGAGCAGAGGGGAGUUUUCGCCUGAAGAAGCGCUCUACUAUAAUAAGGCCAUAGACUACUACCUGCGGGCGAUGAAGUCACUGGCAGGCAGAGAGAACCACCCAGCAGUGUGGGACAGUGUAAACUGGGAGUUGUCCACUACCUAUUUCACCCUGGCUACACUUCUGCAGGACUACGCCCCGCUGUCCAGGAAGGCCCAGGAGCAGAUUGAACGGGAGGUGACUGAGGCUAUGAUGAAAUCCCUGAAGUACUGUGAUCUGCAGACGGAAUCAGCUCGCCAGCCCCUCUACCAGUACAGAGCCGCCACCAUCCACCACCGCCUGGCCUCUAUGUACCACAGCUGCUUUCGCAACCAGGUGGGGGAUGAACACUUGAGGAAGCAGCAUCGGAGCCUGGCAGAGCUUCACUACAGCAAGGCUGUUUGUUUAUUCCUCAGCCUCAAAGAUGCACCCUGCGAGCUGCUCCGCACGCUGCUGGAGAGGGUGGCCUUUGCUGAGUUUACCAUGGCUGGUCAGAGCAGCAACGCCGCUAAGCUGAAGAGCCUGACUGGAGCUCUAGAGGUCAUGACGGAGACUCGCUUUGCUUUCCAACUCAUUCAUAAAGAGCUGCUGGAGGAGCAGAUGGAGCUGAGUGAAACGGACCUCACUGAAUCUGAAGGGUCUCCUGAUGUGGCCACUUGUCCCAACUCAGGACUGAACCUCCAGGAGGUGAUGAAGUUAAUUGGCGUGUUUGAGCCAAGUUUCUCCUUCCUGCUGCUGCAGCUGAUCAAGCUGAUGACGACCAUGAAACGUAAACCAAGCAAUAAGGAUGAGGAGCUGCUGAAAACCUAUAAGAACGUGUACUCCAAGCUGCUGCGUGCCGAUAAAAACGCACUACUCCUCAGCCGCGUCGAGCUCUACGUGGAGCUUCUGCAGCAGCUGACGCCACAAGCUGGAGGUGACAACACCGGUACGCCAUCAUGACAUAAACAUAAACAAGGAAGACCCUCAAGACUUUGACUCUGCUUUCUUCACCUCCAAACCCAUCCUGAGGAAGACUUGGAAUACUUGACCUAACCGUCUUCUCAAAAAAAAUACUCCAAAAGAAAACAAAUAUUUAUAGACACCAUUAUUAACAUGCUCAGGCAACACUGUCCAACUCUGAAUGACAGCUUCAAAGCUAAUUUCACCUCCUGCGCCUUUAAAACGAAUUCAUCUUUUUUCUAACAUUUGCAUCACAGGUUUUGAAUUGUACAUUUUUGUGAAAAGAGUUGUAAAUUCAGAAGAUAUUCUUUAAUUUUCUUAUCGCUUAAGCAGUGUUUGGUCAUGUUUAGAGCUCCUACAUGUAGGAUUUGUUGACGACUAUACCAAACAUCACCUGGAUUGUCUCAUGUCUUACAAACAAAAACCUAUGCCAUAAGAAAAACUUCAGACGCUAUAAUAACAUAUAACUUCUACAAACAGGAGUUUAAAAGGAGAGAAAUCAUUUAGUCUGUCUAGAUGAUUUAAUUUUAAUAUAAUUGGUGUUUUUGAUAUUCAGUAAUACCAAUAAUGCUGUGAAUAAAAUGGAUUGAAGUGCGAUUGAAGGCUGACAAGUUGACAUAAGCUCAAACACGUCAUUUGCUUUUCAAAAACAACUGUGUGCAAUAGUUUGGCAACAUUCAAUGCAAACUCCGAGGCUAGUUUGUGCACAUUUCUGUGUGUAAAUGUGAGUUUGUAUCAGCAUGGUUUGCUGUGACAUGAAAAUAAAGUUUUUCUAAAUUUUA